AUGCUGUUUCAACCGCACCUGGAUGCGCUCUACUCGAAGCAGCUGCAGCUCCCCAAGACUUUGAAACUACAUGUGCAACAUGACAUGCUUAUCUUUGACCAGAGGCUCAAGGACCUGGCGACCCACCAGCAUGAGCUCAAGCAAGAACUCCGUGCCCAGAUCCAGGAGUCUAGGCUGGACAUGAAGGCGAAGCUGGACAGGCAAGUGGCCGAUUACCGAGACCAGUUGAGAGAUAUCUGCGCUACCAGCAAAAAGGCCGUCAAUGCGCAGCUGGACUCGCAAGUGGCCGAGUACCACGUCCAGGUGCAGGAUGUCGCCACGAAGAUUGAUAUUAUCUGCGGCAUGACGGACAGCUUCGAGGCCGUGCAGGAUCAGCUUCGGAAGCCAGUGCUCAAAGCACUGGCGCUGAAACUGGCGAAGACCAGCGUGCAGAGCAACCCCGAGGACGGAGCCUGUGGAGGUGCCCUGCCCGAGGCUGCGACGUUGUCGGGGGCUUAG